UCCACUACCCAUUAACUUUACUGCUCAGGCACGUCAGUAUAAGUUCACUGGACCGCAUGCCCAGGAUUUUAUAAGAUUUAUCUCCAACACUAUUGCAAGCGUAGUUCCUAUGCAUUUUAAAAGUUGGCAGAGUGUUCCACCUGAGUACAAAAAAUCCGUUUAUCCCGUACUUUUCGAUUACUUUAAUCUCAACAUGUAUAAAGAUGGCGACGCCGACCAGUGGGCAGGGAUUGAGCUCGGAAUCAUUGCCGAAUGUCAAAGUCGCUACAGCAGUCGAAAGAAUAAACUGCAUGAACAUUUUCAGGCAGUUGGAGGUACUAAGGAUGUUGAUAGAGCAAAGAGUUGCCCACCUAGGAAUUAUGAUUCGCAAAAGUGGGUCGACCUUAUUGAUAUAUUGUUCACGGAUCCUGCCUAUAUAAGACAAAGCAAUGCAAAUACAGAAAACAGAAAAAAACAAAGAUACCCCAGUUAUCAUGGUAGUCAAUCUUAUGCUCAAAGGCGAUACAUAGAGGAGCAAAAAACUGGAAGCCCAAACUAUAUUGCUGUUUUUGAGAAGACACACUACAAGGAAGGGCGGGGAUGGGCAAACGAUAUUUGUGCAGCAGACUGGGGUAAAAUUCAAGACGAGUUAGCUAGAGCGUCGAGAGAUGUCGAUGAUACUUCACCAGUUGAUGAACUCGAGGUACUCAAAAGUGCCUUGGGUCAUAGGAAUGGGCACGCACGCGGUGUUGGCCGUGUUGUUAAAAAUGUCACCCACGAAAUAUCGAGCUCAUACCCCCCGCCAAGACAACAACAACAAUUGGAAGAAAUGCAAGAAGAGAUGCAACAAAUGCGACAAGAAAUACAAGAAAUGCGACAACAACAACAACAACAACAACAACAACAACAACAACAACAACAAGUGCAAGUGCAACCAUUCUCAAACCAAGCAUUACUGGAACUACUACAACAACAACAACAACAACAUGCGUUUCAAAUGCAACAAAUGGAAGCACAAUUUCAAAGCCGACUUAAUGAAUUGAAACGAAAAAUGCGUCAAGUUGACGAAGAUGAUGAAGAUGAUGAUUAGACUUAGAUAUUUGUAUUAAACUUUUAAUUUGAAGUUUGUACUCGAUAACUAAUGUUUAUUUUGAAGCUUGGACUUGAUAACUAUGAUGAAUAUUUUGUAUUUUGAAUCUUUAGUAUAAUAUGUAGUUUUGAAAUUUCCUGUUUAAA